UGUGUGUGUGUGUGUCACGAUCAAGAGGAAAGAGCAAACGGGGAUUAAUAUUUAUUAAAACCUCUCAUCCGGCUGCUGGCAGACAUGGCAGCCAUUCGAAAGAAGCUGGUGAUUGUCGGAGAUGGCGCUUGUGGGAAAACAUGUCUUCUCAUUGUUUUCAGUAAAGACCAGUUUCCUGAAGUCUACGUCCCGACAGUGUUUGAGAACUACAUCGCGGAUAUCGAGGUUGACGGAAAGCAGGUGGAGUUGGCGCUGUGGGAUACUGCAGGGCAAGAGGACUACGACAGGUUGAGGCCUCUCUCCUAUCCUGACACAGAUGUCAUCCUCAUGUGCUUCUCCAUCGACAGCCCAGACAGUUUAGAAAAUAUCCCUGAGAAGUGGACGCCUGAGGUGAAGCACUUCUGUCCCAAUGUUCCUAUCAUCCUGGUGGGGAACAAGAAGGACCUGAGGAAUGAUGAGCACACACGCAGAGAGCUGGCCAAGAUGAAGCAGGAGCCGGUGAAGCCAGAAGAAGGCAGAGACAUGGCCAACAGGAUCAGUGCUUUUGGCUACUUGGAGUGCUCCGCCAAGACCAAGGACGGCGUGCGGGAAGUGUUUGAGAUGGCCACUAGAGCGGCGCUGCAAGUCCGCAAGCGCAAGAAGAGAGGCGGCUGUACGCUUCUGUGAGCACUCCAGACCCCCAUAGAAUCCACUGACCAAUAUAAGAAAAAGAAAAACACAUGAAAAGGACUGACCUUUUACCAAAUGGCAUCUUUGUACUGUAUCUUGCAUUUCAUGAUAACAGUCAGGCAGAUGAGUAGAAUGCAAACAAACUGAAUACAGGAAAUGAACUUUGUCUAUAUUACAACCAUGGUUAGAAAUUGAUGUUUAAAGAUCCUUGUUGAUUUAAUUUUUUCUCAAAAUCUGUCUUUACACGUAGAAUGUUUUCCUACUUGUUUUUCUUUAGAGUUGUAAUGUAAUGAGGCAGUGAUAGGUGCACAUAUUUGUAUGCAAUAUUGUUCUUCACGAGCUUGGGCGAGCAGCAUCCUUCUUAGCUUGUAUAAAGUCUUCAUGAGUAAGGUCUUGUCCAAACAGUCCAGACUGUCCUGUUAGUCUCAGUUCUGUUUAUCAUGGUAGCCAUGAUAGAGAAUGAAAGUUGAUAUCUUUUUGACCAUAAGAGCUAGUGCCUUUUUUGUUUUCUGUUGUUUUUUGUUUUUUUUUAACACCACAGUCUACUUGUUUGUCAGCUAGCUAACUUUUCAGCUGAGGGGCUCUCUAUUGUACUGUAGCUCAUUUUACACAGUGUUGUCAUUGUGAAACCUGAGCAAAGCCAUAACUAAAGGCUUUCAGUGCAGCUGACAACUCGUCCAGCACAACAAAUGGUUGCUUGUGCCAUUUUCGGUGGCAUGAAACAUCACCAUUCCCUCCAACAUUUGCCAUUCUCACUGAUGAUAAAGAAGGUAGCUGCCUCUGUGAUGUGAUAAACAGUCAGCAAGGGAGUAUUAGAUCUGAUUAUUCACAUGCAUCCCGCUUAACUAUUGUUAUUCUGUGCAGUGGACCAGGACAGACAGAUGAGAACUGGCCAAUCAAGACACAAGCCAAUAUGACUCAACUAUGCACAAUGGCUGUUAGGACCAAGAUGACGCAGCUGAAACAGAAAUGAAGGCCAAGGCCUGGUGAAACCUCCCUUGUUUGUUUAUUGUGAGUGACUUGAGUUCAGCUCUUCUUCUGCUACGAUGCGAGUGAGCCAGUCACGCCUGCUGUUGGAAUCCGUGUGCUGUGCGGGUUAGCCCAGUCGCGGAAAUCAUGUCUUGUUAGAGCUUUUAGCCUUCGCGUGUGGAUGUUUCCAGUCGGACGACAUUCUUCACAUGUUUGAGAGGAGCUGAGUUGUGUGUGUUGUGUGUGUGUAAGGAGUUUGUUUUUCCCCAGUGCCUUCUCUGUUCUGGUGUGCCUUUGGUUGUUCUCUCCCGGACCAGAUAGACCAGCUGCUCUAUGACACUGACUGAUAAGGACAAGAGUGACCUUUUCUGACAUGUUUCACAAAGCUUGGUUCUUUGAAUUUCUUAAAAAUUAUAAUGAUUACUAUGCAAAUGUGUCAUUAGUUUCCAAAACUUUCUGUUGAGAGUUCCUCAUAACAUAAAUAUUGAGAUUGUAUGGAGUCAGUUUCAUCUUUAUUAUCUUGACCGAUAAGCUAGGUUUCGCCAAUUUACGUCAUGCGGUCUUACGUCGAGAAUGAAUCAUGGGAAAUUACAAAACAUUAACAUUACAGAUUCCCUCAACAUCACUGAGAAAACAUCUGUCUGCUCCCCUAAAGGUUGUCUUUGAUGUUUUACAGUUGUGUAUUAUAACUGCCCAAAAAGUUUUUAGAGAACAACUGUGGAAAGAUGGAAAUUGGGUUUAUUUGUCUUUAUCCUGAUUUAUGUUGCUCUUGAUGUUCACUGCCUGGCAAGAAACAGUUUAUGUCUCAAGUUAAAGGAGCAGGAGAUCUUCAAGGGUCUACACUGGAUUUUUGUCAUAGCAGCCUUUGGAGACAUGUCAGAGACCGUCCACUUGCUCACGUGUCCUCUGAGAAUACUCGAUUGUGAAUUUGACCUGAAAAUAUAAUGGCUUGAUAUACAAUGCUUGAAAGGCCCAGCGACUGUCCUCAGGCACAGACUCUUUAUAGCAUUCCUUUCUCUGCCUCUGUUGCUUGUUCAUGUACUGUACGUGUCCCUCGGUUGCAUGUUGCUGUAUGUCUAGAGGAGGGUGGAUGUUGAACUGUGUAUGGCAAAAAUGAUAUCUUUGAUGUUGCAUGCAAAACUUCUUAUAAUGCCAGUAAAGGCAACAAACCUACCAGCUGGCGGGAUCUUUGUCUGUUAUAUUGUAAUACCAUCUGUAAUGCAACUUUAUACCCUCUACUGGCCAAGCACACACGUUUUAACUGAGUGAUCUAGUGGAAAAGCUAUAACUUAUAAAAACUAGUUGUGUUUUUGAAGCGAGGGGGCAUUUAUUGCAAUCACACACACAAGCACCAUUUUAAUAUUGUUACCUCAAAUCUUUAUAGGGAUGGAUACCCUGUUUUAAUUUGUGCUUUAUUGUGGACAACAAGCACAUAAACAAGGCAAGAAUAAAGAGAUACAGAUCCUUCAGAUUUUUAUCAAUGAAAACAUGGGCCAUGGGUUAUGCGUUUCAUAGUUGUGGCUUGACGUUCACUGGUCUCAACAAGCUAGAACGCCAAGACAUUCUUGGGAAUUAGAGGUCGGCAGAGAUAGUGGAAUAACUUUCACAGCCGGAAGCUUAAUGAUGGAAGCAUUCCCAUAGAGCAGCAGAGGGUCUAGUGUUGAACAUAUCACUAAGAGCAUGUACAAUACUGCUGUUAAUGUGUAUGCAGGUAAUGUUGCGCUAAAUCAAAAGUUGUCUUUAUGAUUCCAAUGCAUGCAUGAGAAAACCAUGGGUCUUUACAGUGCACAUGCACACGCAAACACACACACACAAGCACUACAUGCACACGUCUUUGGGAACAGCUUCUGCUCAGUGUUGUGUAACUUCUUUUUCUUUCUUUUGAAAUAAUAAAGGAUCCAGAUUUAUAUAAAAGCUCAUUGUAAUAAUGCUUUGUAAACAGAAAGUGUUGUAGUGAAUGUUUGAUCUGAAGUGAACAUGAACAUUGUUAAUAAACUAUUUUUGAGACAAGA